GCAAGAGGCGAGGGUGGGGCGGCUGGGGCCACGAUCAUGCCUGACAGGGAGAGGUUUCUUGGGCAGCACAGGAGGCUGGGCUUGGGAUGAAGGGAGCGGGGCAGAUGCAAAGUCUUGAGAGCGCGGAAGCCAGGCGCUCAGUCAGCACGCAGACCGGCAGCAUGACCGGUCAAAUACCAAGACUUUCUAAAGUCAAUUUAUUCACCCUGCUCAGUCUCUGGAUGGAGCUCUUCCCAGGAGAAGCCCAAAGGCAAAAGUCUCAGAAAAAUGAAGAAGGAAAGCAUGGAUCCUUAGGAGAUAAUGAAGAAGUAGCCAGACAAUCUCCUGAUAAAAAACAGGUGAAGAGAACUGGUCUUGUGGUGGUGAAAAAUAUGAAAAUUGUUGGUCUCCAUUGUUCUAGUGAAGAUUUACAUGCUGGGCAAAUUGCUGUUAUUAAACAUGGGUCAAAGUUGAAAAACUGUGAUCUUUAUUUUUCCAGAAAACCAUGUUCUGCUUGUUUGAAAAUGAUUGUAAAUGCUGGAGUUAACCGAAUUUCAUAUUGGCCUGCUGAUCCAGAAAUAAGUUUGCUUACUGCAGCUUCUAGCUCUGAAGACGCAAAGUUAGAUGCCAAAGCAGUGGAAAGAUUGAAGUCCAACAGUCGGGCCCAUGUGUGUGUCUUACUUCAGCCUGUGGUGUGUUAUAUGGUGCAGUUUGUAGAGGAGACCUCGUACAAAUGUGACUUUAUUCAAAAAAUUGCAAAAAUACUGCCAGAUGCUAACAUUGACUUUUAUUCUGAAUGUAAACAAGAAAGAAUAAAAGAAUAUGAAAUGUUUUUUUUGGUUUCAAAUGAAGACAUGCAUAAGCAAAUACUGAUGACUAUAGGUCUGGAGAACCUGUGUGAGAAUCCCUACUUUAGCAAUCUAAGGCAAAACAUGAAAGACCUUGUCCUACUUUUGGCCACAGUAGCUUCCAGUGUGCCCAACUAUAAACACUUCGGAUUUUUCUGUAGCAAUCCAGAACAGAUUAAUGAAAUUCACAAUCAAAGUUUGCCACAGGAACUUGCAAGGCACUGCAUGGUUCAGGCCAGGUUAUUGGCUUAUCGCACCGAGGAUCAUAAAACAGGAGUCGGAGCAGUCAUCUGGGCAGAAAGGAAAUCUAGAAGUUGUGAUGGAACAGGUGCCAUGUACUUCAUAGGAUGUGGUUAUAAUGCUUUUCCUGUUGGAUCCGAGUAUGCUGACUUCCCACACAUGGAUGACAAGCAAAAAGACCGAGAAAUAAGGAAAUUCAGAUACAUUAUACACGCAGAACAGAAUGCCUUGACAUUUAGGUGUCAAGAAAUAAAACCAGAAGAAAGAACCAUGAUUUUUGUGACAAAGUGCCCAUGUGACGAAUGUGUACCUUUAAUUAAGGGUGCAGGCAUAAAACAAAUCUAUGCAGGGGACGUAGAUGUUGGAAAAAAGAAAGCAGAUAUCUCCUACAUGAGGUUCGGGGAACUUGAGGGUGUGAGCAAAUUUACUUGGCAACUGAAUCCAUCAGGAGCUUAUGGUCUUGAACAAAAUGAGCAUGGAAGGAGAGAAAACGGAGUGCUGAGCACCACCCCUCUGAGUGAGGAACGGCAUCAGAAGAAGAAGCUGUGUCUCGGGAACCACUGAGAAGCCGCCUGCUCGGGAGCCAAGGCCUCCAGGCAUUUCUAUUGCACUUCUAAAAUUCAGCCUUGCUAACUCAGAAAAUAAGGAUGGAUUUUGUGAAUAAUUGAAAAGCUUUUUUAAGGACAUUAAUUUAUUUCUAGGAUAUGAAUGAUGUCAACGAGAAUAUUUUUAUUUUGGACUUAUGUGUGUGUUUUUUGGAAUAUCAUAGUGAGUUCUUUUAUUACACUACAUGAAGUAGCAAUAAUUUGAGACCAAUGUAAUCUCUCACAGGAUUUAUUUCUAUUUAUCAAUAGACUUUAUUAGCCAAUUUGACUUUAUAUUUGGGGAUCUGAAAGGGGCUGGUACACUGGAAGUCACACUUCUGCAAGGAAUCACCCACCUUUUUGAGAAAUACUAAUUCCUUUGGAUUAUGAGGGUGACAAUUAGUAAACUGCUCCAGGGAAAUAAAUGUCAUCUUUUAGGAGUCAGUGUGUAGCUAACUAAAAGGUCACAUUUAUAUCCAAAGCUUUCUAGUAAUCAGAAUUUACUUAAGAUGAUUCAUAAAAAUAAAGUUGGUGGACUUGGUCUCCAUUUUAAAAGUAUAUAUUUUUUAAUGUUGUUAAUUUCUCUUAAAUCUUUCAAUAUGUAGGAUCACAGUGAUUACUGGACCAGGAUCCAGUUAAAUCACUGAUUUGGGGUAGCAAGAGGACAAGAAUGUGACUCUUGAGGCAGCGUUGCUAUUUGAUGUCACUGACUUGAAAUCAUUCACAGUGAACCUCAAAUUUGGUUCUCACAUUAACAGAAAAGAAAUAUUUGAUCUGGAAUGUUGAAACUAUCCUUUUCAGAAUUCCAUUUAUAAAUACUGCCUUCCUUAUAAUUUUUUUAAAAUAUAAUUAAUAUAGACAUCUUAUGGCUUUGACAAUAAAAAGGGAAGCUUCUUAAAAACAUUUGCCGGCCGGCUGGGCACCGUGGCUCACACCUGUAAUCCUAGCACUCUGGAAGGCCGAGGCGGGUGGAUUACCUGAGCUCACAGGUUCGAGACCAGCCUGAGCAAGAGGAGCUCUCGUCUCUAAAAUUAGCUGGGCAUUGUAGUGGGCGCCUGUAGUCCCAGCUACUCGGGAGGCUGAGACAAGAGGAUUGCUUGAGCCCAAGAGUUUGAGGUUGCUGUGAGCUAUGAUACUAGAGCACUCUACUGAGGGGGACAAAGGGAGACUGUCUCAAACAAAACAAAACAAAAUAUUUGCCAGGCCGAAUGCAGUGGCUCACACCUGUAAUCCCAGCGCCCUGGGAGGUCAAGGUGGGUGGAUCUCCUAAGCUCAUGAGUUCGAGAACAGCCUGAGCAAGAGUGAGACCUCAUCUCUUGGCACUCUACCAAGGGCAACAAAGUGAGACUCUGUCUCAAAAAAAAUGAAUAAAUAAGUAAAUUAAAAAAUAAAUAAAAACAUUUGCCGAUCCCAAGAAUACCAACAUGGUUCUUUCACUUACCUUUCAAAUUACUCUCCAUGAUUUCUGUCAUUUUUAUUUGCUGAGAAACUUUGAAAAAAUUAGUCCAAACUUGAAGGUACAUCUUUUGUACUUUCUUGGGGUUGGAGAGGGGAGGCUCACAGGCCGGGUGAGAAAGCUUUGUGCUGAGAAAGCUCUCCGGCUGUGUGGAGGGGUUAGUUUGCCUCUGCACUGGUUCCCUUCCUUUCCACGACACCGUGUGGCCUCCCAGGACCUCCUACCAGUUUCUCAGAAUUAUACUCAGGACAGUCCAGUGUUAACUCCAUGCCUUGGCUUGGACAGCACCCUGCAUAGAUCCAGUGGGCAUUCGAAGUCAUACCAGGCAGUGGAAACUCGCCAUAAAUAGUUUACACAGCUGUACGGCAUGGAGUGAGGAGGCAGAGAAGGGGAGUCCCCUUAGAGCUCACUAAUGCUCACUUGAACACCACUCGUUAAGCUAUUCCUAAUAUUUAUCAGUAUGAAAACACUGAGAUUGCAUACCUCCCCAAAUGGCUUUAUCAUCUAUGUUAACUAUACGUGCUUAAGUUCUUGGAUUUUUUGUUUUUUCAAUAUGCCACCUACACCAAAUAUUUUAUUAAUCAAUCAGCAAAUAUUGUGUAAGACCCACAAGCUGGUAGACUGCCAGGCUUAUGCAUUUAUAUGUUGGGUAGUGGGAAAGGAGAAGCAUGCAAAUGGGGAGAAAUUAUUAGAAAGUGAAAACUUGGGGGUGGCGCCUGUGGCUCAGUGAGUAGGGCGCCGGCCCCAUAUGCCAAGGGUAGCGGGUUCAGACCCGGCCUCAGCCAA